AUAGGCGUCAAAAUAAAACGACAGAAAUGAAAACGAUACAUUUAAAAGUGAUCUGAAAAUUUGUCUUCCGGUGGAACCACUUGUCUAGGGGGGGAGUUCCCAGCCGGACGCAUAUACUGUAACACAGGGUAUAUCCUCCAUGCGUGUCCCGGGUGGACGUAGUGCGACAACGUCCCUGGUGUAACUUAGGAGGUUUUUAAAUGAACGUUAAUGUUAAUAACGCAGUAACAACGGCCUUGUGUCCUGCGGUGCUUUGUCCCACAUGGAGACAGACGUGUCCGGUUAGACGGCAGCGUUUUACGGCCGUUUUUUAGCUUCAUUUGUGGACAUUUCCGGAGAGGUAAAGCUUUGUUUCUCCCUCUUCGGCGCCAAGCUGCCAUGGAGCGUUUGGAAGAGAAGCUCAGGGGUCUGGCCAUCGCUCGGCGGUCUCGUCCGGACGAAGCCACCUACCUGCUGCACGUCGCCCUGCGGCCGACCGGCCUGCUGGCAGUGGCCUGCUCCGACUUCACCAUCCACCUGCACGACAGGGACACUCUCCACCCGGUGGGAGAGUAUCGGGGCCACAGCGGGCCGCUUUGUGGGGUCACCUUCGCCCACGGCUCCCCCGACCUCCUCUGUUCCGGUUCUGCCGACGGGACGGUCCGGAGGUGGGACGUCCGCCGCCCCGGGACAGAGGCGGUCCAGAUGUUUAGAAGUGACCCGUCACACAGCUACUGCGGCUUCGACCUGAGCUGCAACGACACGCUCCUGUGCGCAGGCACUGAGCAGGUAAACGACGAGGACAGCUUUCUGGUCUUCUGGGACGCCAGGAAACCAGGUGCUGGGCUCCUGGGGGUGUACUCCGAGUCACACAGCGAUGACAUCACACAGGUGCGCUUCCACCCCCGGGACAAAGACCGCCUGGCUUCUGGCUCCACGGACGGCCUCGUUAAUGUGUUCGACCUGAGCCGGGGAGCGGAGGAGGAGGCGCUGCUGGCCACCUGUAACAGCGACUCCUCCGCCGGCUCGGUCUGCUGGUCCGGAGCGGACUACACCCAGCUGCUGUGCCUCAGCCACGACGAGGGGCUACACCUGUGGGACCUGGGCCAGCUGGACACAGAGGAGCCGCUCACCAUCUUCAGCACCCCCGACGCUCGUAGCCUGACUCCUCUGGCUGGCGCAGGAGGCCUGGACUACCUGGUGGGGGGCGGGUGGCUGGAGGAGGCCCAGAAGCUGCUGGUGGUCGGAGGGGAGACCAGCGGGGACCUCCACCUGAUGGAGUGUGACCACGGGGGCCUCCGUCUGCUGAGGAGCCUGGAGGGCGGCCACGCCUCCACGGUGCGCUGCUUCCUUUGGGACGCGGCGGGGGAGGCGCUGGUCACGGGCGGAGAGGACGCUCAGCUGUUGCUGUGGAAACCAGGAGGGGAGGAGCUCACCACGGGUAAAAUGGCGUCGAUGAAGAGCGAAUCAGCUUUGAGACUCAAAUCCAGGCCGCAUAAAAAACACGGCUACCAGAGGGAGAAGAAGGCAACGUGACAGACCCGACCCGUCUGUGGUCGCUGCUCACUCCUCGGCCAACAUUUUGUUUCUGCGAAGGAACUUUUAAACUUGUUCUCCCCGAACGCUUCAACACAUAAAAUAAUUGACUGAACACCGUCCCUCAGGAAGGAAAGUCCUGAGUCUGAAAAUAAGGUUACGGUUCCCGGUUCCCCACCGGUUCUGGACAGGUAGUGGGCGUGAGAAGUGACGAAAUUUAAGGACUUUGGUGGACGCCAACGUCCCGCAAUGCGACGCACAAAGGAACAGCAGUGUCAAGACUGGACAGUGGCUGAAUAGGGGGUGGGCAGUACCACAGAAACUUGGUCCGAUCCAAUACCAAGUGACGGGGCCGGGAUCCAGGAUCACCGAUACCAGUACCGACAUAGAUCCUUUUUUAUUGGUAAAAGCAGCUAAAGAACGAUCAUGUAGGGGAGAGAAUUAUGUCGUGAUUUAUGAGGCGAAUAGAUCAUUAGCGGGCGUAAUCCCCGCGGGACAGAUUUUUAAGGCUAAAUAACAAACGUCUGUUAUGUAAAUUCUCCGAACUAACGAGGUGACCUCUGCACAUGGGCACAACAACAGCAGCAGCAGCAGAAAACCAAAAAGUGACCGCUUUUAAAUCUCCAAAGGAAACAGAGGAAUUACUUACAGCUGGAAAAAUUAGAAUAACUACAGAUUUCUGGAAAAUCUCAGAAGAAAGUAUUAAAAAUUCGAAAUAAAAUGUGUCUGUUGCGAAGUUGCUCUCGGAUUAAUGUGCAUUUAUGUGCAAGUGUUGUGUAAUUUCCUCCAAGUACAAAACAUUAAAGUACAGUUUGUAUAGUAACAGCACAAACAGAAAUACUAUGAAUAUAUUACAAGCUGCAAACUGAAUAUUUGUAUUAUGAAACUGGGAAGCAGCUGAGAUUUCUAAAGUUUUCAUUUCUAAGUGACAUUUUUCACAACUGUGCCAAAAUGCCUUUCAUGAUGAUGAUGAUGAUGAUGAUGAUGCUAUUUUGUGUCGGUAAUAUUCCCCCUUUAAAGCUGCAGCGGGUCAUCGAUCCACCGGAGCCGCCCGGCACAGCGGGACCACGCCGAGGGAGCAGGUAUCGCUCUCGAAUGGCAGAGAGCGGAAUAACACGAUCGGCGGUGCAAGUGUGCGUGUGUUUCUGUGUGUGUGUCUGUGUGUGUCUGUGUGUGAGAGAGAGAGAGAGCGCGCCUCGGGAGAAAGCGUGCAGCGAUUCAGGCCGCUGAAUCAAACCCUCAUUCGCCUCAGAGACCUUCGGGACUCUCGGCGACACUUUAUGGCCACUCGGUGACCUCUGUGGACAACGACUUUACGGCUCUCUCUAAUGACGGAAAAAUAACGCGCACGGUUGCCUGGUGAUGAGACAUUCUGAGUCACCACU